UAGUUUUCCAUUCCAUCCAUUCAUAGCGCAACCGCUCAUAACAUGCACUGACGCAUAAACGAGAUAGGGACCAGCGAGAGAGAGACAGAGAGAGAGACAGAGAGAGAGGGUUGGAUUAGGGCACUGACAGCCACCUCAGUCAAACAGUUGAGAGACACACGGUCACAACCUGCUGAGGGGGCAAAACUAACGGGGCCGGAAAGUCUAAAUCCAAUCCAGAUCACAUCUUAACCGGUUAGGGUGAGAGGACCACCGACCACCUCGAGCCCCCGCAUUGAUUGAAAAGAGGGCAGAGUUGGAGAGUAAAACAAUCCUUUUUGAAAAAGAAGUCAAACUGAUCUAUCCAGCCACCCUAUACUCUGAACCAUGGAGCGCAAAAUCCCUGACUUCGCUGGUACCUGGAAGAUGAAGAGCUCAGAGAACUUCGAGGAGCUUCUCAAAGCGCUGGGUGUGAACGUGAUGCUGCGUAAGAUAGCGGUGGCAGCAGCCUCCAAGCCGUCGGUGGAGAUCACCCAGGAGGGAGAGACUCUGUCCAUACGAACCUUCACCUCCGUCAGAACCACCCACGUCACCUUCACCGUGGGAGAGUCCUUCAACGAGGCCACGGUCGACGGACGCCCCUGCACGAGUCUUCCAAAGUGGGAGACAGACAGUAAGAUCAGCUGUGAGCAGACUCUGCAGAAAGGGGAGGGACCUAAGACCGCCUGGACCCGAGAGAUAACCAAUGACGGCGAGCUCAUCCUGACCAUGAGUGCGGACGAUGUGGUGUGCACCAGAGUCUACGUACGAGAGUGAAAGAGAAGACAACUCUUCAUCCUUCCAUCUCACUCACUCACUCACUCACUCACUCACUCACUCACUCACUCACUCACUCACUCACUCACUCACUCACUCACUCACUCACUCCACAAACCCCCGGCCAGAAUGGGCAGGGUGAAAGCAGCUUGUAGAAUCUAGUUUAACUCCAAAACCAUGGGUUUGAACCCAGUCUAGUUGACCUAUAUCUAUUAAAGUCAGUCUUGCCAAUGUUCUGUCCACUUACUCAGUGAGGUUGUAAACCUGAAAGUGUGUAUUUUUCUGAGUCUUUGUACGUGCAAGGUUGUUGAUCCAUGUGUGUGUGUGUGUGUGUGUGUGUGUGUGUGUGUGUGUGUGUGUGUGUGUGUGUGUGUGUGUGUGUGUGUGUGUGUGUGUGUGUGUGUGUGUGUGUACGUGCUAGUCAGUGGAGUAGGUCUAAGUGUGUGUGUCAGUGUCUGACUAUAUUUAUAGUUAUGUAAACCUAUCUAUGAGCUCUUCCAGUUAUAAGGUCAGUUACUUUGUGUCCGUUCUCUCUCUACUUCUCUCUUCCCUCUUAUCUCUAUGUCGAUAAAGUUGUAUAUUUAUUACACUAGAUCUGAUACCGUGUUGCUAUGGUUUUUACUUUGUCUCUUUUAUAUCAAAUCUGAUCAUAGGAAAUUAUGCUUUCUAUGGGAAGACAAUAAAACACGAUGUUGACUCCA